AUGGCCGGCACCUCUCAACCUAUCGCUUUCACCUCCGUGGAGGAUAAUACAAUGGACAUCAACAUGAUGUCCACCUCCUACACCCGUAAUGGCUCAUUAUCAGCCUCCUACUACUUGGGAUCACCCGCUUCGUGGCGUGCUGGCUCUUAUGGAAGCCGUUUCUACCCCGGUUGCUCCCCUGGUCAGCUCAUGGGUCCUCUCGACCCCAGCGAUUUCAAGUGUGCUAAAAUAUCAUCUUCAGUCGAGAGUGAUCAUGGUUCCCUCAUAAAUGCCCUCGGCGCCCUCGAGCGGAACGACGAAUUUUGCAAGAACUACAGCUGUUGUGGGCUCCAGAUCGACGACCUUCAUGGGCUCCUACAGCAUUUUGAGGAGGUCCACGUCGUUGUCACUGAUGCCUUCGGCAACCCACGCACCCUCGUCCCUCCCUCACAGCAUCCUGCACCUAUCCGCACCCAACGGGCCACUCACUAUUCGGAGCAAACGCAACAACCCACGCCGCAGCCCUCCCCUUCUAAUCAAGGAUCGUUCGACCCUGAUGAUAUGGAGCUUGAUAUGGACCAAAGUAGCGCACCGUCCAGUGGAGGAUCAUCACCACCGGACACUCCUUUAACCACUCCGCUGUUGUCGCAGCCCAUGACCUCGUUGAGCGACCUCGCCGCCUCUAAAUUGAGCGAUGGUCAGAUGCCUGUGUCCGCAUUCGACACCACCGUGUUAUCUUCACGUUCCGUGAACGGUGCGUUCCCAUCAUCAUACGCCAUGGCGCCAAGCUCAUCAUCGGCUGCACCCGAAGGCUUUAACAGUCAUGCAGGAUACUCUGAAUAUUCGUCCUCGAUGCCGGGGACUGUUCCGUCGACACCAGUGUCUGAGGAACCCAUGCACUCGCAGACAGGGAGCGAGCCAGGCAGUCCAUUCGGCUGUUUGUCGCCUGCCCUCGUAUUUUCAACUACGACAACGCCCGCCAAUACGCCCGCUCAUUCCCGUGUUCCCUCCCCAUCGAACUUUAUGCGUGCUAUAGCAUCGGCGAGCGUGGGUGCAUACGCUUCCACGUCUUCGGAAGGUGCCGGUCCGAGUUCAAAAGCCUCGAGAUCCGGCAGCCCGGCUCAGAAUAGCAUCCGCGCGAGCACGACUCUCUCCCGCCCCGCAUCGUCGCUGCUGCUCUCGAAGCCGUUCAAGUGCCCGAAGGCGAACUGCAACAAAAGUUACAAGCAGGCGAACGGUCUCAAGUACCACAUGACGCACGGCAGCUGCAACUUCGCCCCGCCCAAGGACCUCGAGCAUGUGCAGGCGCUGCUCGCGAGCAAGCGUUCGCAGCGCGAGGCCGCGGGUGAGGACAGCAACCAGAUCACCGAGGGCGAGAUGCGCGAAGUGGAGCGUGAGGCCGAGCGGCGGCUGCGACCGUUCGCAUGCGGGAUCGCGGAUUGUCAGCGUCGGUACAAGAACAUGAACGGCUUGCGGUAUCACUAUCAGCACUCGGGCGACCAUGGCGCGAUCGGGCUUGGCCUCCUCGCGAGUGGACAGCACGAGUGUCUUCAGCAUACGCACGGCAAGGGCGGUUCGCGGCAUGCGACGCCCCACGGCAACGUCAGUGGCGCGUCGACGCCCGUCGGGAGCAGCGGGCCGCCGACGCCGUCGUAUGCGCAGCAGUAUCAACAGCAGAUGAUGUUCCAGUCGGCGCAGCAGCAGCAGUUCAUGCGGUCGAUGCAGGCAUAG